AUGGCGAGGAGAGGAAGCAUGCAGCACCGUCGUGGAGGGCUCAAGUCGAAGGCUGGCAAGCUGAUGGUAGUUUGCAUGGGUGGAGUUUUGUUGAUUGCCAGCGGUCAGGCUGGUGCAGAAAAACUCCGUGAAGGACUUCAACAUCGGGGUUUGCAGCAACAAGCUAGCACGACUGUUACACCAACAAUCAACGGUGCAACCGCUACAUGUACUUUCCCAACGGCAGUCGGACAACAAACCGUCGCAGCUAGUAGUGGCUUGAAGCUCUCAAAAGAAAGCCUGACUGCUGUUUUGCAGUGUUCUGGUGAACAAGGUGCCACAAUAUCCACGAUACCCCCGAAUCUGGGGGCGAACGUGUGUGUCACAAACUAUAACGGUAAAGAAAGUGACAAGAGCUGCAGGAUUGAAGGCAGCACAGACGGCGCAGAAACCGCGCUCAAAGAACUCCUGGGGACAACCCGCGAUAUCACGUGGACGAAAAAAACUGUCAACGAGAUCUCAAAAGCCUCGACCCCCACAGAUUGGAGCUUAGAACUACUGGAUUCAGAUCUGCCUCUAUCCGAGAAGGCCUUCUUCGUCGGCUGUCAGCAGACUACCGGGACUGACAAACGUGCACGGCAAACGAAGUCGUGUACUGUAACAGUAAACGUCGACGCGAGAGAUUCCGCUGUUGGGGCGAAUAACGUGGUAACCUGCGCGUACGGUAAAAACAGCAAUCCUGAGCCCCUGAAGGUUGUGAUGACAACAGAAAAGAACACCCUCACUCUUCACUGUGGUUCCGAGGGUUCUGUCAACCCCGCGUCAUAUGAGACUCAGUUUUGCGAUCCUCAGGGAAAAGAUAUGAAAAACUGCGUACGGAAGAAUUAUGUUGACAUUCUUCCGACGUUUCUUACGAGCUGGUGGACAAAGGAGCAUGAAGGUAGUACGGUGAAGCUGACGAUCCCGGAAACGGACUUUCCUGAAUCCGAACAACAGUUUCGUUUGAGUUGCGUUCUCAAAGAUCGGGAUGCGACAAACCCAGAGAGUGAAAAGGUCAAAGAAGACAGCGAUGGUGCACAGGCUGCUGCCACCGCGUCAAGAUGCAAUGUGGUGGUCGUCGUCAAGUCUGCAAAUUUUGCUUCGUUUGCAUCGCCCGCUGCGGAAAUUGCAGCUGCAGCCGCUGUGACAGGCCUCUUCGCUAGUUCCCUUUAA